AUGUAUCACCGAGCGCAACCCCAGAGCUCUCUUCCUAGUCGACCGACGCAUGCCACACCUUCGUAUCGAUCCUCGGCACCCAAUGUGAAUGUGCUCGGUCGAGCGGCAGCGACGACGACGACCACCUCGGGUACUCUGCCCUCGACAACUACAACCACCACCACCACCACCACCACCACCACCGCAGCUGCUGCUGGACCUUCCACCUCCUCCGCACACCCUCUUUCGAAACUGCCCACCGCUCGACUCUUGGGCCAUCGAGCCGUCGUCCGCUCAUUGGCUUGUUCGUUUCGCCUCUCCCCCCUUGCCUGGUCUGCACCAUCUUCACAACUGAUUCUCAAAGUUUAGGGAACGCCGAUGGGAGGAGGCUGGCUUCAGGAUCCGUCGAUAAAUCACUCCGGGUAUGGGUACCUGAAAAAGGUAAGAUUUUCAGCAGCACGAGAGCACGUCGACCCCAGUCCGAGCUCAAACUAUUCGCCCACUUUGGGGCGAGCGACAGACCUCAAAACCUCCGUCGAUUAUCGAGGUCAUGUCGGAGAGGUAUCGUGCGUCAAGUGGGAACCAACCCAUCCCGAACGAUUGGCGACAUGCAGUGGAUUGAGUGAGUCCGACUGGCUUACACCCGCUCCGAGCACUCGGCGAGACUGAACAUUUCUUCGCUGGUUCGCUCCUUCGAUCAGAGGACGAUAAGCAGUUGCAUUUCUGGUCAGUCAACACUAUCCACGACUUGGGCCAUACAAAAACUUACCUCUUUGAACGGUUCGAACGCACAGGGACAUGAGACGUACGACAUGGCUUCCUGCCCCCGUUCUUCCCACUCUAUGAACUUGCCCUCACCCAUACCCCACUCGUUCACAUAGAGGACAAACCCACCAACUCGGUCGAUACCGACGGCUCGACGAUCCACCUCACUUGGUCACCGGAUGGGGAGACGAUCAUUCUCUCGAGUCGGUACGACGUCGUUACUUGGAUCGACGUCAAGACCCAUCAGAUCAUCAAGAAAAAAGUAAUGCCCACCGAGGUGAGCAGAGGGGAAAUUGUUCUCAGUUCGCUCACGAGGAGAAAAGCGUUUUCUGAGCCAUAAAGGGUCCGAACAUCACAGACCAACGAGCCCAUUUUCACACAUAACGGCAAGAUCCUCAUGACUGCCAUCGAAGGGAACCUCAACAUCGCCGAUUUUCCUUCCGAGGACGAGAUCCACCAAGUCCGGAUAUCACCCGCCAUGACGACCGUUUUGGAUCUGGAUCCGAGAGGCAGGUACGUUGCAGCGCUUGCUAUUUCCUAGGGGUGCUAUAAAGGAGUAGAGGCUGACUUUGUCGAACGGGGGAGGUAGAUACGUCGCUGCUGGCUCAAACGAUAAUCUGGUCACAUUGUGGGAGACCGACGAAUUUUGUUGCGUCUCUUCUAUGGGCGCUCAUGAGUAAUUUAAUGUCUCAACUACAUUUUCAUCGGUUCAGAAGGGCAUUCGUUGACCCUCUUCACUCUCCCACGUUUGUGUGAUAGGGAUCCCAUCCGAGCAUGUCGUUUCUCCCAUGAUGGACAAUACCUCGCCACUUCAGCAGCCGCUUCAGGGUCCGAUGACAAGAUCAUCAUCGUGAGCCGCUUACCAAACUACACCACCAUUCCAUUGCUCAUACUGACCCACCCAACUACCCCACCCUCUACUCGUCUCCAUUUCUCGCAGUCGGAAAUCCCUUCCCUCUCCCGCGCACACCUCAUCUCCACACCUCAACCGGUGGAGGCCUUGGCUUGGCAUCCAAGCAAAACGAUCAUGGCGUAUGCGGCGGGGGAGAAUGGUGCGAUUAGGAUUUUUGGGUUGUAG